AUGUUGAGCAAGCUUUCAACCAAGUGGCAUAACCUCCUUUUGACAUGUAGCCACACGGAUAAUAUCGUAGAUAGAAUCACCUUCUGGACAGUCAACAAUGGCGUGUUGACGGGUGUCGUCGGCCUCACCGUGAUCAUCACUAUGCUCACCAUGCCUGAUAACAUGAUCUACCUGGCCUGGCAUCUUCUACUCAGCAAACUAUAUGCCAAUGCGCUACUAGCGACACUGAAUUUCCGAAGAGUCAACCGUGGACGCGGGCUGGAAGAAGACGACGAGCAAAUACAGCUGUCUGUUCGGCGACACGAUAGCACCGCGCUGCAAUUCACUACCAAAGACAGCGUGAUUGCCCCCGUCGUUCACGUCGUGACAACGACCAUGACAGAUGCCCGUUAUGGCGUUAGAUCGCAAAAGUCGUAUGAAGAAAGUGACGAGCGGCUGCCCAGCGACUCUGGUGGGGUCAAAGACAUGUCCCUGCCGUAG